AUGUGUACCUGCACAAGACUAGAUGGCUUCCCCGGCCCCUCCUCCUUCUCCCGCAGAAACUCGCGGCUGAUCCGGACGGACUCGAUUCUCUCCCGCAGAGCCAGCGCCGUUUCCUUCGCGACCUCGACGACGCCUCUGGGCCAGAGUCUGCGCGCCAUCGGCCUGACACCGUCCGAAGCCCGAUCUGCCACUAAGUGCCUGACGGUCUUGACGCCGGACGAUGGUCGAUGGGGCAUGUUAACAGCUGCCAAGCACGAAUCUCCCGACCGAUGGCUGCUCCGGUAUCUAGGGUUCUGCAAAUGGAACGUAGGCAAGGCGUUUGUCCAGGUCCUGGAGGCGCUCUGCUGGCGGAUGAAGGAGAUACAUGUGGAGGACCAGCUUCUACCCGCAGGGGAGCUUUUUGCGCUUCAACAAUCGCAAGGUUCGUCGCGCUCCUCGGGCGCCGAACUAGAACGCGAGUUUCUGGGUCAACUGCGGAAGGGGAAAUGCUUCGUCCGUGGAGUCGACCGUUGGGAUCACCCCCUGUGUGUAUUACGAGUCCGCUUGCACCGACCCGAUCAGGAGACGGAGGCGAGUCUUCAUCGACUGAUUACACAUCUCAUCGAGUCGGCUCGGCUUCUCAUUGCACCUCCAGUAGAAAGUGCCACUGUGAUUUUUGAUAUGACGGACAUUACCCGUGCAAACAUGGAAUUUGCCACCGUGAAAUUCAUCAUUCGAUGCUUCGUGUCAUAUUAUCCGCAGACUUUGGGGACUCUCCUAAUCCAUAACGCCCCACGCAUGUGUACAGGUAUUUGGAAAGUCAUCAAGAAUUGGAUUGACGCCGAUGUUGCGACAAAAAUCCACUUCACCAAAUCAGUCGACGACCUUGCCCAAUUCAUCCCGCCAAGUCGGAUCAUCAGCGAAUUAGGCGGUGACGAGGAAUGGGAGUAUGAGUAUCCGUACAUCGAGCCCGAGGCAGAUGAAAACCACCCGAUGAAGGACUAUGAGACGCGUGAUUCCCUGCUGCUGGAACGACAGGUGAUUAGCGAGGAGUUGUUCUCUCUGGCAUCACAAUGGAUUGAGGCGACUAGACUCCAUGAUUCGGAGCAGAUCACCAUUCAUCCAAUCGCAUCGAGCCGAAGUAAUUGA